AUGUCGGCUGCACAGGAUCCGGCGCGGGUGUACACGGUAUCAGGCGGCUCGUCGUCUGCACCGGAAGAAGCAUCCUACAAUUCCACAUCACUUCCAGAUAUCCUGCGUCGCUCCGGAUCAUCUAACAAGCGCAAAAAACGCAAGGCAGCGAUUGAAAAUGACAAGAUUCUGUCCAAGAUUGAGCUCAUCCAGGAUUUCGAGUUUCCCGUGGCGAGCAAUAAAAUUCGGUGCACGCACGACGGUCUGCACAUUAUGGCUACCGGCACAUAUAAGCCGCAAAUCCGUGUAUGGGAAUGUGAGCAGCUUAGUCUCAAGUUUGAGCGUCACACAGACGCGGAAAAUGUCGAUUUUCUCUUUCUGUCCGACGACUGGACUAAAUCCCUGCAUCUUCAAAGUGACAGGUCACUUGAACUGCACAAUCAGGGCGGCAUGCACACUCGUGUCCGCCUGCCGCGAUUCGGUCGCGCGCUAGGAUACCACUACCCCUCGGCAGAUGCUCUUAUCGGCGCUGCUGGUAACGAGGUGUAUCGUCUGAAUCUUGAUCAGGGCAGAUACCUAGCUCCUUAUACUCUGGGACAACAGGGGAAUGUUGUACAUGGCUGCAACGCGAUCGAUGUGAACCCCGCGCAUGGCCUGCUCAGCUUCGGCACGGAUGGCAGUGGUGUGGUGGAAUUAUGGGAUCCUCGAAUGCGACGUCAGGCGGGAUCCUUGAGUGUGGCGACGCGAACAGUCCUGGAUGCAGCACUCUUGGCGGCGCGUAGGCAGCUACCAGGCGUGCAACUCGGCGAAGACGCCGACGCAGAAGCCGUAGCACAGGCCUCGUCCACUCUGGCCGUCACAUCCCUGGCAAGCGCCGCUGACGGAUUGAACCUUGCUGUGGGCACAAACACAGGACACGUCCUGCUUUAUGAUUUGCGCAUGGACAAGCCGUACACGACCAAGGAUCAAGGCUUUGGCUUGCCCAUACAGUCUCUCUCGUGGCCUGGUGACGCCAACGUCGACACACCAACACGCACACAAUCAGAGGCUGACGGCAAAGUAUUAAGCGCUGAUGCCAAAGUCAUCAAGAUCUGGGACAAGGAUUCGGCUGAGAAUCUGGUAUCGGUGGCGCCAGCGGGUCCUCUCACGAAUCUGAACCACGUCAUGCACUACCCUGGCAGUGGCUUACUAUUUGCUGCCGUGGAAGCUACACAAAUGGCCGCAUGGUAUGUACCCGCGCUAGGACCUGCACCGCGCUGGUGCAGCUUUGUGGACAAUAUCACGGACGAAAUUGAUCGUACGGACACGGCCGUGGCCACCGGCGAUAGCGGUGUCAAUGCAUACGAGGACUUCAAGUUUGUGGACCACGCUGAAUUAGAGCGUCUUGAAUUGGCUCACUUGAUUGGAACGCCCCUUUUGCGGCCAUACAUGCAUGGAUACUUCUUGUCGCUUAAGCUGUAUGAGCGCGCGCGUCUGCUGGCACACCCACAAGCCUACGAUGAAGCGAAGCAGCGCGCCAUUCGUGCAAGGAUGGAGCGUGAGGCCGAGAGUCGCGUGCGCAGUGUUCAGAACGCCAAGCCCAGUCGCCAAGUCAAGGUCAAUCGUCCUCUGGCUGACAAGCUGGCAUCUGACGAAGCAUCUACUCUCUUGCACGAUGACCGUUUCAAAGAAUUGUUCACGAAUCCUGAGUUCCAGGUCGAUGAAACAAGUCGUGAGUAUGCCCUGCUUCAUCCGAGCGCAUCGAUCCAGUCACGUCCAGCGCCUCGUGAAACGGAGCGCAAACUUGUUCCUGCUGUGCAAGAGGACAUGGACAGCGACAAUGAGUCCCUGGAUCCCGACCAGGAGGAGUCACAAUCCGAGUCUGAGUCCGCGUCGGAGCCUGAGGUCGGAACGCCACCCAAGCCCGCUGCCAAGCCGUCAUCGGCGCCACCGGCCAAGCCGCUUCACAUGCCUCGCAUGGUGCAGUCGUUCGAUGCGACUGAGGACGAUCCGCAGGCCAAGGAUCGCCCUCUCGGCGAUCGUGCACGCCGCCAACCGGCUCAGGCACGCGUCUCUGACGAUGCGUUGUUCACGGGCACGUCUAUUUCAUGGACGCCCUCCGCCGCAUCUGCUGAAACAGACGCACCAAAGAAGCGCACGAAGAAAGCUAAAAAGUCUGAGCACGAAACGUUCGGUAUGGGUCUCUCCAAAGGUGCUGGCGUCGAACAGGGCUAUGGUGUGGACGCGCUAUCUGACGAGGCCCGGUCUGGUCGUACACAGCGUCGCAAGCCUACGCGGAGUGCAAGCAAGAACACAUUCCGUGCGGCAUCGCGUCAGUAG